AUGGAACCUUUUCAGCGGGAUGCCCAGCCGGCAGCCUCCUCGCUUACCUCCAACGGGGAGGAGUCUCCUUCACCCGUAAAGCCAACGCCGGCCCCCAAGGCCGGCAGAAAAUUGCCAGGAUGGCUAGAUCACUUCAAUGCCCGCGAUCUUAAAAUGCUGUUCCGUUGUUCACUAGCUGCGUGGGUGGCGCUGCUUUUGGUCUUCAUCAUGCCGUCCCUAAGCGUCAUCGGCACCGCGACAUUUUUCGCAGCUCUAGUUCUUUUUAUGGUGCCUCCGACCGGCAUUGUUUUCAUUUUCCUUCUAGGAACUCUGACCCUGAUCAUUGGUAUGGCCUUGGGCUGGGGCUGGGGUGUCGUCGUCACGAUAGCAGCUAGGGCAGCCAGGCCGGCGGCCGAGACCCAAGCCAGGAUUCAAGCCCUUGGGCAGGCCGCAUACAGCCAGGCCAAUGCCACCGGACGACCAGUGGCAGCUAUCCAGCAAGAGCUUGUCUACACCGGCUGGAUGCUUGACUCUCGUGUCACGGCUGUCUAUUACUGUCUUAUAUGUUUAUUCAUCUAUUUAAUCUCUCGUCUUCGGGCUUCGAACCCCAAAUUCAUUUUAAUGCAGAUAUUCGCAAUCAUAAUCAUCGAUGUUACUCUGACUAUUGGCCCGCUGCUUCCAUCAUUCAGCGGUACUAUCCCCAAGGUUUUGAUUGAACCUGCCGCUAUUGGAAUUGGAUUGGGGCUGGUUUCCCAUUUCAUCUUCUUCCCCCGGUCCACCUCCCAUGUUGUGCUUGGUGGCAUGGAGGAACUGGUGCGGUUACUCAAAGGACCUCUGGAUGCCACGGAGAAUAGUCUUCUGAAAAGGGAAGACUUAGCUAUGGCAGAUUUACAAAAAAUCAAGGUGAAGGCCAUUGCUAGUUACAAGGACCUCAAGCCGGCACUCAGUUUUUUGCCGUUGGACUUUUCCGUCGGUUGGUGGGGUGCUGACGACGUCAAAAGUAUGAAAAAGCCAAUUCGCCAGGCUUUGAUAAAUAGUUUGUCCCUUUUGGAAGUUCACAUCGCCCGCAUUGGGGGAAGAAAAAAGCUAGAAAAGUUGCACCAGCUCACUGUGGAUCGGGAUUCUGACUCUGAAUCCCAAGCUCAUGGAAAUGAGAAAAAACAUCCACGCGAGGUUGGCAUGCGCCAGCUAAUGGAGAGUGCGAAUUUAGUACAAGCACUGCGAAGUCCGGAACAUGAAUCUAUGCGAUCGGAAACUGUCGAGGUAUUGCGCGAGUCCAUCAAGGAUAUCAUUCCAGCGUGUCAGGGAGCUGUUGAGAUCAUUGCGGAAUCUCUCAACACGGUUAACAAGCGUUGGUUCGGUCGCCCUUCCAGGGAACAUCUCAAUCAAUUGCACGAGCGCAGUGAGACUGCAUUGCAGAAUCUUCAGGCUCUGCGCACAACGUUUGCAACGGAAACCACUGAACGGUUAAUUCAAACACAUGCGGAGAUCUUCGACGAAAAGGGCAUUCUCAAGGCUCUUGACGAAACUUCCUUGCCCAGAGUUCGAGGUAUCACUAUGGGCAUGAUUUUCGAAGAGCAGCUGCUCGGCGUCGUUGACGGGUGGGAGCGGGUCCUCGGACAGCUUGUCGCUCUCCUGAAAGAACGCCAGAAGAUCCGUCUAUGGCUACCCAACGGCUUGCGAUAUGCAGUCAACUGGAUUCGUCGAAAAAAUGCCGUGGCGCCUGUAAUCGCGGCUGAUAGCCGAGUCGUCGAUCCCGACGUCGUAGAAACGCAGUCCAAGGCGGCACAGCACCAUCUUCGCAUCAGCAGAGGGUAUCGCGUCAAUAGAGGCAGCGCCUUUUCACGCGCCAUCAUCGGCACCUAUCAUUGGUUCAUCAACCCGGAUGGUCUUUAUGCAAUGCGCAUGGUGGUUGUCACUAUUGCACUCUCUAUUCCUGCUGCGAUUCCACACACUGCGGGUUUCUAUUACCGCGUGAAGGGACUCUGGGCCCUCAUCAUGGGGCAGACCACACUGGUCAUAUACAUGGCCGAUUUCACUUUCUCCCUUCUUUGUCGCGCCAUUGGUACCAUUCUUGGCGGUCUCCUCGGCUUAGUCGCAUGGUAUAUCGGCUCAGGUCACGGCGAAGGUAAUCCAUACGGUCUCGCUGCCAUCAUGGCCGUUGUGGUUGUGAUUCUUAUGUGGGGACGUAUUUUCGCCCCCCCCUGCGAUGCUUCAAGCCGCGAUCAUGGCUGGUGCAACCUGCAUUCUGGUAAUUGGUUACAGCUUCGAAGAUACGUGAGUAACUUGUACCUUGUUGCGAGAAGUGACAUGACUGACACAUUUCCCAGGCACAUUCCGACUUACGGCAAUCCUGGUUGGGGAUACAAUGUUUUCUGGCGACGACUUGUCCUAGUCCUUAUCGGCUCCGCAGCGGCACUGAUCGUUCAGCUCUUCCCUCGCCCACCGUCUGCCUCGCGACACGUCUGCAAGUCCCUUUCAAAUGUCAUUCGCUCACUGUCGGACCACUACGCGCUCCUCUUAUCCUGCUGGGGACAAGGACGCGAAGAAGGCCUAGCGGCAGAGAAGCUGGCUCUUAGCGUUGCCGAGAGUCUCACCGCACUGAGCGGGCCCAUCGCGUUGCUGCGCUUUGAAUUUUCCGGCUCGCCAUUCGACAGCGACCGUCUCGGCCAGGUGCAAUCACUAUGCCAAGAACUCAACCAGAACAUCGCUCGCCUACUUCACCUAUCUGCCUCGCUGCCAGAACACCUGCAAAGCCGUCUCGCUCGUCAUGCUGGUCUUCUUGACCAUCACAAUAUCGGCGACGUCAUGGCGGUUCUAGGCGUAGUGGAACAAUCACUCAAGACGGGUGACCCUCUACCCGAGGUACUACCAACGCCACUACUCAACCGUUGCCACGAUUUCUGGACGUCGCGCCAUGUGGAUAUUAUGCUAAGCAAGGAUUUGAUCCGCGAUGAGAACUAUCGUCGGUUCUGUGUCGCCGUUAGCGCAUACCUCAAGUUCCUAGCCGCAGUGGAUGACCUAGUACUGGUGAUGAAGGGUACAUUGGGCGAGUCGCACAUUGUCAGUCGCGACCUCUUGCAUGAGCAGUAUGUAUAA